GUCGACAGCUGAGGGACAGAACAGUUUGUGACAGGACUCUACAUUCCCCCAGAAAACUCUCUCUUCCUCUUCUUCUUCUUCUUCUUCUUCUGUGGUUUGUUUUUGGCUGCAGACUCCCCUGUCUCCUUCACUGGAUUGUUCUUCUUCGUUGGUGUGUUGGGGGACUGAACCAUGGAGUUGUCGGAUAUCUCUUUCCCCAUCCCCGCGGCUGAUGAUUUCUAUGACGACCCGUGCUUCAACACCAGCGACAUGCACUUCUUCGAGGACCUGGACCCGCGGCUGGUCCAUGUGGGUCUGCUGAAGCCGGACGACUCCUCCUCCUCCACCUCAUCCUCCCCUUCCUCCUCCUCUUCCUCCUCCCCGUCCUCCCUCCUGCACCUCCACCACCACGCCGAGGUGGAGGACGACGAACACGUCCGCGCGCCCAGCGGGCACCACCAGGCGGGCCGCUGCCUGCUGUGGGCCUGCAAGGCCUGCAAGCGGAAGACCACCAACGCGGACCGGAGGAAGGCGGCCACGCUGAGGGAGCGCAGGCGGCUCAGCAAGGUCAACGACGCCUUCGAGACCCUGAAGCGCUGCACGACCGCCAACCCCAACCAGCGGCUGCCCAAGGUGGAGAUCCUGCGCAACGCCAUCAGCUACAUCGAGUCCCUGCAGGCGCUGCUGCGCGGCGGGCAGGACGACGGCUUCUACCCGGUGCUGGAGCACUACAGCGGGGACUCGGACGCCUCCAGCCCCCGCUCCAACUGCUCCGACGGCAUGACGGAUUUCAACGGGCCGACCUGUCAGUCCACCAGGAGAGGAAGUUAUGAAAGCAGCUCUUAUUUCUCCCAGACACCAAAAGGAGGUCUGAAGAGUGACCGGAGCUCGGUGGUCUCCAGUCUGGACUGUCUCUCCAGCAUCGUGGAGCGGAUCUCCACCGACAACAGCAGCCUGCUGCCGCCCGCCGACGGCUCCGGGUCCACGCCGACGGACCCGGCCGGCGAGACAGCGGCGCCCGGACCCGUCCACCAUGUCCCCUCUCCGACCGCCAGCCAGGACCCCAACCUGAUCUACCAAGUCCUAUAGACCCCCCCCCCCCCCCCCCCCCGGGACAAUCACAUCCUCUCACACCAUUAACACACACACACACACACACACACACACACACAGAUGAUUUUUACAAGUUAUUUAGGAUGAACUGAGUCUUCACAACCUGUUUGCAGCAGCUGUAAACUUUUUAAUGCGGUUUUUUCAACAUCCUUCCACAUCUGUUUUUAUUCCCUGCAGCUGAAGUGUGGAAGCUCCUUCCUGCCACAAAACAAACAAUCAAAAAACAAAGUUGAUUCUUAAACUUGGAAAUAUUAGUUUAUAUAAAAAGGCUUCGAGGGCUUUUAGCAACAACUCAAAAUUUUCAUCAACAAAGAGAGUUUGAUAUUUUAUAGUCACAUUUUAUAGAUUUUAGCUCCAUGUGCUGAUGAAGCUCGUGACACAUGGUCGAAAGCUCUGGAACAAACAAAAACCUUAUUCCUAAAUCUUACUUCAGUCUUAAUCCAAUAGCUGUAAUAUUAGGAAUAACAAAAACUGAUGCUUUAUUGUGUCAAGAUCGUAGGGUUUUUUCAAAAUAAAAUAACGUUUGUGGACAGAAAUACAAAAAUGAACAGAACAGUCAGCAAGUAGCUGAAGCCAUCAUUUUGACUUUGAUUGAUUAAGUGAUUAUUAUUCCAAACUUACAAUACUUUAUUCAUUUUCCUGGCAGGAAUGAUCUUCCAUACUUUCAGCAUAUUUCACCCCCAGAUUCCCUUUUCCUGUUGUUAACACAAGUGGACUAGAACUUAGAUCGAACCACUCGACUGCUGGGAAAUGUAGUUUUUUUUCUAUAACAGGUUUACUGACGAGUAGAAAUCAGUUCAGUUCUUGCUGUAUUUGUGUAUUUUUAUUUUGUUUUAAGUUAUGAAAAGUAGUUUAAGGCUCAGCUGAGUCGUUCAGAUGGAUUUUCUUCUUCUCCUUUCUGUGUAUUAGUCUGAAGGACGGAGGCCAAAAAAACCAUCCAUUUACAUUCCUCCACGUUCGUCCAUCUGAAGUCCUAAAAGCCCCAGCUGUUCAAUUCCCUCAGGGAAAAGAAAACUACAAUAAUCCUGAAAAAAUAAGAUACAAAACUGUAGAUUUCUGUAUAAAACUUUACUUAUAAAUAACAAAAUACAACUAAGACAGAUUUCUUACAGGAGUAUUGUAGUGUUUUUUUUUACCCCACCAGGGUUGAAGUAGGUUCACACCUCCUUCCUGUCCAAGUCAAAUUAAAUAGAUUUAAUUUGUUGUUUUCAUUCACUGCAGCGGAGGACCAUUUUUCUGUUUCUGUACAUAUUAUGUAAAUAAGAGCUGAUUUGUUCCAACUGAAAGUAUUAAUUAUGUAUUUAAUGUUUCUGUCUGUAUGUGCUUUGUUUGUUGUGAAAAAUGUUAAACUUUAUAUUUAUACAUCUGAAAACUGAGUGACAGUCUAAUGACAAAUAAAUGAAACUGCUUAUUUAUACAAAAAAAGAA